UGCUACUGGACGAACAUGAAUAUUGAAAUACUCACUUCGAACCGGGCAUGGACAUUCCUAAGUGAAAUCCUUUCUCCUAUCUAGGAAGCCGGUUCGAGUUUGCUCUGCGAACGAAAGGAAAGCAACCUAGGGCAUGUACUAACUAAUAACAACAAGCGAAGGCACGCAGCAACUUUCAACAAUAAACCCUCUUGCAGCUGUUCCCGGCUUUUUUCUGCUUACCAGCAGCCAGCAGCCCUUUCUCUCAACCAGAAAUCCCUAAAAAUGGACGACAAACUAGCCGCCGCAAUCGCCGCCGCGCCGGCAAAGGUUCUGACUGAGAUUGUGAAGUUAGCGCAAAGGCAGGGGCGCAAGGGCACAAAGGGAAGCUGGAAGGAGUUCCUCAAUGUCUACGAUAAGAAGUUUGGCUCUUCACUCAGUGAUCCUGGCAAGAGGCCCAAAGAAGCUUUGGCUUCUUUCCUUCAAACAUUUAGCGGAGAAGAUGAUUCCAAGUUUGUUGAUAAUGUUCUCAAGUCGCAUUCAAGCCGGGAGGUGUUGCUGCAGAUUGCUAAAGAGGCUUCAGGCGAUGUGUCUCCUGAACAGAGGCUGGUUCAUUUAACUCUUGAACAUCCACUUUUCAUGGCGAAGUAUGUGUUCCCAUCAUAUGAAAAGGAUUGGGUUGUAACAAAACCCUGUAAAAUGUCCAAGCUGGUAAAAUCGGAUGAGAUGCUUGCUCUUGAUUGUGAGAUGGUUCUUUGUGAGGAUGGUACUGAUGCUUUAGUGAGAGUCUGUGUUGUGGACCGUGAUUUACAGGUCAAGCUCCACGAGAAAGUAAACCCUUACAAGCCAGUUGCAGAUUAUCGAACUGAAAUUACUGGAAUCCAUCCUGGAGAUCUGGAUAAUGUUACAUGUUCCUUGAGAGAUAUACAGAAAUCCUUGAAAAAGCUACUGUCCAAAGGUUCCAUUUUAGUGGGCCAUGGGUUACAUAAUGACCUGCUUGCAUUGAAGUUGGACCACGCAAGAAUUAUAGACACGUCACUUAUCUACAAAAAUUCGGUUGGGCGUGUACCAUCUUUGAGUAAUUUGUGUGAGUCAAUUCUAGGAUAUAAGCUUCGAGAGGAAGGUGCUCCUCACAAUUGCUUAGAUGAUGCACGUACUGCUAUGAAAAUUGUACUGGCUAAGCUCAAGCAUGGAGUUGAUAAAGAAACUCCGUUGCUUGUAUCUAACCUGAAGAGUGUACCUGAUGAUGAACUUGCUAGGCUGCUCGUUCACAAAAUACCGAGCGCUGUGCCAACCGAAGAACUAAGAAGAGUCUUUCCUGCAAACUUUACUAUUGAGCUAAAGCCACUUAAGAAAGGCCAGGGAAAACACUACUCCGUGUUAGCCAUUUUCAAGAAGUUACGAGAGGCACAUGAAGCAUUCCAAAAAGUAGAUGGCUCCAUUGAAAAGGAUUCUGCUGGACGCCCACAGAAGCUGGUUACCCUCGUCUCCGACUCGGGAAAAACUACUACUGUUUGUGUACGUCAAAUGGUGCCCGAGGAUUCUCUCCAAGAUCAGCAGCAAAAGAGAGCUCUGGAACUCGAGGACCGCGGUGGUCAAAAGAAGCAGAAAACGGAUCAGUCAUCUGAAGAUGGUCACCUCCUGGAAGAGAUCGAAAGAUUGAAGCAAGAACUAAGAGUCCAAGGUGAAGCUCACUUGAAAGAAACUGAAAGAUUGAAACAAGAACUGGAGGAGAAAGAUGUCAAGAAUCAUUGCGACGACCACUUGAAAGAGAUGGAAAAACUGAAGCAACAUAUACGUGCGAAAGACCUCGAAAUUGCUACCCAGGACAAGAUCAUUGCCGAUCUCAAACAGAAAUUGAACGACGCGAAGACCACUAAGAAGGGACGGUAACGGUUUUAAACUCGUGGAGAGGAUUUUGUUACUGUUAUACGCUUUUAUUGUGUCUUCAAUAUUCCCCACAAUUUUGAACCGGAGAUGGAAGAUUUAGGAUUGAAGUUUGUCGUUGAGAAAGCGUCCUGUAACAUUUAACUCAAGGAAAGAUUUAGAUCACUCUCUUCAAAUUAUCAUGAUUCAUGAGGGCAUCAAAUUUGUCGAACACCUUACACCUCAUAAAUUAAAAAAUUUAUU